CCCACCUGUGACAACAUAGGAUUCGUAUUGAUUCACAGCUUCCCCCCAACGUCAUAACCCCGUGUCUUGAACCCAACAAGAUCGCCGCAGCUUGUCAUACAGAUAGCUUUUAGAACCUCAUCCCGGCAGACACCCUCGGAGCCUAACACACGCUGGUCAGAAAGAGGCAAGUAGGACGGACUACAGCUCUCGGUCUUGCCCUUCCGAACUGCGCCAUCGACGAGAACAAGAUCUACCUGUGGCCUAGAACCCACGACUCACUCCUCCCUCACGGGCGCAUAUCCGGGCUCCAUAGAGCAGACGCUGACGAAGGAUCACUGCAUCGACUGCAGCAAGAGAGAGAGAGAGAGGGAGCCACAAGGACUCGUGGUGAACAGAGACGGAGACGACUUGGACAGCCUCUGGAUGUCCCGGACCUCGGCCAUACUAGCGACUGCAUCUGUUUGAACAGCGAUUGCCGCGACGAAGAUAGCGGUCCCGCGACUGUCGGAUACCCAGACCUGACGUCCCCUUCUCACGGCCGAACACAUCGAGCUUGCUGUGGCAGAGGAUAAUACCCAGGACGGCUGGCAGAGCGCUGCAAGGCAGCAGUGGGAGAUACUUGGGCAUUUGCUGGAAGUCGACUGGGAACUAGCUGUGAACUGUUGUAAAGAUGAUUGUGGAGGUAUGUCCGUCCCAUGUUGCGACGCUGCAGGAAAUCGCUGCAGACCUUUGGGUUGGGCGCAUUGUUCUUCGCCCCGGAGACUCCUUUGCCUCCUGCUGCUGCCCUGUCCCCUUCAGCCCUUAGCUCGUCUCUACCACCCGACCUUUAAUUGUCCUUGGUGCAAGCUUUCAAUUCACCGGUCUUUGGUUUGCCAGUGGCUCUCAACAGGUUGCCAUCCGGUACCUGCUCUCGUUGCGAUAGCAGGUUGCCCCUCGAAACAACACCCUCCCUCCCACUUAAGCACCCUUGGGUAGCAGCAGCCCUCUCAUCCCCAUUCCUUCCCUCACCAUUUCCCUUCUAUCCAGCCGCCUCACCCUCGAGAUCCCACUGCAAACCCCACGUUCAUCAACACCCUCACUUGCGAUGCCAAAACUCAGGAUACCGCUUCGGGCGGUUCGCCAAACGAGGCGCAGAGCUGAGAAAGCUGAGCACCCAGUUGCUGACAAACCUGGUCCUGGUGACGAACAGCGCAAGAUCAAGCUCGUCACUGAGCAGAAUGUCAUCGACAAGCCCGCCAUGCAGGAGGGUUUCCCCAUGCGAAAGUGGAGUGUCGAGAUCUACCUCCUCGACCCGCAGGGGAAGCAGCACAAGGCGGACUGUUUCCAGAAGGUUGUCUACAACCUGCACCCGUCCUUCGAGAACCCUGUGCAGACCUUCACCGAUGCGCCGUUCAAGUGCGAGAACGAGGGAUGGGGUGAGUUCGAGAUGGUUAUUGACCUCUACUACACCGACAAGAGCGGCAAGAUCUCUGUCCCGCACGACCUCAACUUCCAGAAGAACCACUACGAGAACGUCAGGGAUGUGACCUUCAAGAACCCCAGCCAGGCGCUCCAGAACCUCCUGCGCGAGACUGGCCCUCUCCCUUCGGACGACGACCGCAAACGUAAGGCGGAUGGCGUGUCCAAGAAGGCGAAGAAGUCCUUCGACGUGGAGAAGAUGGCCGACGCCCUGGUCCGGCUCGAGGAGGACGACCUCCUGCAUGUGAUACAGAUGAUCCACGACCACAAGACGGAGGAGACCUACAUCCAGAACAAUGUCGAUGCGGGCGAGUUCUCUGUGGACCUGUUUACCAUCCCCGACAACCUCGGAAAAAUGAUCUGGGACUACCUGGUCAAGCAGAAGGUCAUCGAGGUGUAGGGGCUCUAUCAUGACCUGGUCUAGAGCCCGGUGCUAGGGCUUAACCAGGAGAUGUCGACAUUGGAAGAUUACGUCUCCGGCUGGCAGUCCAAAGUUCGACCCGCGGGGGCACAACGACAGCGGCAUGGUUCCUAGCAGAGAGCUGGGCAGGCUUCCAGAUGGUUCAAGUCCGAAAAUCAAGGAUCGCCGUUGCGAACGCCCGCUGCCUCCUUGCGAGGGCUUGACCAAAACCCCGACAUUUUCGAUUUUUGUUUGUUGAUACGGAGAGGAGAGGCGUUGCUUGCAUGAUUUGGCGCCACCGUGACAGGCGAGGCUCACGUGCGAAGUAUGCGGGAGCGGCGGCAAGGUCAGCUGCCGACUUAAUACCUGCGGCGCCUUCCAGUAUCCACGCAUUGGCUGUGUACGAUUACGCGACGGACAUGAGUGGGCGAGGGGGGGGAAGCCAUCAGUGUGGCUCGAUACCCAGGCAUGAGGCAGGCAGGUACGGGGCAGGAUCGAGUAAUGAAUGAUGGCGGAAUUCAAAAACCAGAAGAGCUGAGACAAUGGAAUGCACAUACCUGCACCCAGGGCCAGCAGCUAGGCGUUAUGGAAUGAAAAACGGUUGCUCUUAUCUUGGGACUGAAUUGAGGCAUCGGUCUACAUGUGAUGCAUUGUUACUGGUGUUUUUUUGUUAUCUUACAGCCUGCCCUCCCAACACACCAACAGGCAAUUGGUGACAUGAUGCCUCUCUCAGGCAGGCUGGCAGGCAACACCACACACAGGCUCCUGGACAACAAAAGACUCGCUCUACCUGGGGCCGGCAUCCCGAAGGAGGAUGCCGAAGAAGCGGACUGCUGUCAGCUUAUUUAUGUCUCAGGUGCAUCCCGGCAGGGCUGGCAAGACCAUGGAGGGAUUGGAUGGCAGACGUAUCAGACGUAGCCAACGUGACCUCGGGCGUGAUGCGGGCUGUGGCCCGGGGGGGGGGACUUGGCGGGCUGAUGCACGGGCUCGGCCCAACUUCAUUCAGCCUCUGUGUUACCAAUCACGCAUCGCCUUCACCCAAACGUGCUCUGUCUGCUCUGUUCCCCGAGGGUGCUGGUGUAGCACCCGUGUGCUGUACUCCAUAUGUACAUGGGGUUGCUUUUGUUGGGUUCGUGUGUUGUUGUUGUUGUUGUUGUUGGUAGGGCGUAUAUGGUUUGCUUGCUGCUACGAUGUUUGCAUGCACUCACUGACUGCGCAGGGUCCAGGGGGGCAGGGCAAAAAGGAACAGGAAGGCAUCUUCUCUCUCUCCCCGAAGCGGGAAGGUUGGGAGGCCCUUGGCAAGCAGCGAUCACGGUUAGGGUGCGAGAAAUGGCAGGUGAGAAGGGGAGCUAGAGGGAGACUACCACAUUAUCUUGCAUCUUUUAGAUGGCGGAGAUAAAUGUCCC